AUGGCACAAGAAAUGUCACCACAAAGGGAGGAAGCUCAAAACCAACCAAAGCGAAGAUUCAAAAUGAUGGCUCAAAAGAGUAAACCAAAGCCAAAGCCAAAGCCAAACUAUGAUCGGAAAGCAAAGCACCCAGACUAUGUCCAAUUUCGGUGCAAUGUCAACGCUUUCAACAGCAUCAUUACGGACUUAAAAGACAAGCUCAACGAAAGGCAGAAGAAGCUUCUCAAGAAAACCCCAUUUUGGAACUUGAUUAAGCUGUUUUACAACCAGAGAAUUGACAUGAAUAACAUGAAUAAGUACACUUCUACCUUUAGAAUAAGACACUUUGGAGAAAAGGGAAAGCCAUCAAAAAAUCAGGUAGAAGCAGAAUUACUAAAGACAAUUUCCUUGGCAAACCAACCGAAGAAAGAAAAGGCCAAGGCAGAGCAAAAGAAAGAAGCUGAAGAAAAAGAAGAAGAAGUUGACUACGACAAGGAGGUGGUCAGCCUAAUAUUGAUUCACCUCUGCAUGACAUUCCUUUUUGCCAACGCUUCAUCUACUUUGCAUUGGAAAGUAUUUGAGCACUGUGUGAAUCUAGACACACUUUCAAGCUAUUCUUGGGCAAGAGCUGUUUCAGCCUACAUGAAUGAAUCCUUGGUCGCAAAAGCAAAAGCAAAAGCAAAGAAGGGAGGAGAAGGCGCUAUAGGAGCUGUUUCGGGUUGCAUUAUCCUAAUAUUGUUUCUACUGUGUGAGAGGACAAACAUAAUACAACCAAUCCUGGGCAAGGAGAAAGAAACUUCUGCCAUUCUUAAAUGGAGUCUUGUGGAACUCCACAUAAGAUUCAACCAAAUAAAGGACUUGAAUGACAUUGAGGGUAUUUUCAAAACUCCUAAAAAGCGAAAAACUACCAGGGAAGAGGAAGACACUGUUGACAAGGGUAUUUUGAAAGCAUAUAAAAAGAGAAAAACUACCAGAGAAGUGGGAGACCCUCUUGACAAGAAAAAAGAAAAAGAAGAUGAAGGACAACAAAGAGAAGCAGAAGACCAAGGAAAACCUGAUAAUGCUGAUCAAACUCCAGAAUUAAAAGAGGAUGGAAAGAAGAAAAUGUUUGAGAAUGAAGCUGGAAAUGAACCUCUUGCAAUUCAAGACCUCUUGGUGAAGUCCAUGACAGACCAAAUCAACUAUCACCAACGUCAAGAUCCUAGCUUCAUUUGCCCAGAAAGAUUACAACUGUGGAAGGAUGAAAAAAAUGAAGACAGUGAGAAGAAAAUGAAGGAAUUGUGGGAUAUAUUUAUCCAAGGAGAAAAGAGAUCAAAGGAGCUGGAAGCGAAGUUGGCAACAUACGUAGAGAAAUUAGAUAAUGAAGAAUAUGUGACUGCCACCAUGACAGUGGAAUCUACAGUUCAGCUUCAGGAAAUACAAAAUCUAAAAAGGAGGAUUGCAGAAUUGGAAGGCAAGGAAACUCGUAUUGACAUGGAGAAGAUUGCCAAGAAAAAGGAGAUUGAAGAAAAGUACAAGGUAGAAAUUCAAAGCUUGUUGUCAGACCCAACAGUCUUUGAAAUGGAGAUGGAUCUGCCUACAACACAACCAACACAACCAGUUGAAGAGCUGAAGAAUAGAGAAAGAAAGAGGCUUCAAGCAUCUUGCUAUAUGUACGAAAAAAAUAAGAAACCAAAAAAGAAGGCAAAAAAGGAUGAUGAAAAACUACCACAAUUCAAGCUUAUCUCUUCCGAGGAGCAAUCAACACAAGAGGAUCCUCAAACUCAGAAGGUGUUAACACAAGAGGCAUCUCAGCCUGAUGCCACAAAUCCAAUUCCUGAUCCCCCAAAAGGAACGAGCCUUCAUGAUUCAAUACCUGUAGGUAUGCAAGAAUCAAAUGAUGAAGAUGAAGGACAAAAAAAGCCAACAAAGAAAAAAAUAGGAUUGGGUCAAAAGAAGGUUUGGCAGAAAAUUCCAAAGGAGGACAGGGACAGAAUUCAAGAAUACUACUUAAGUACUCAACCUAGUGAUAACUUUUGGGCAGGACUCGAUAAUGAGAAAGUGACAAACCAUGAUAUCAAAGAUAUUGUAUGGGACCUGGAACUGUCACAAAACGUUAUUGAGGCCUAUAUCCAAAUAGAGGAGGAGAAAUAG